AUGGACACCGACUUCGAAUACGCCCUCCGUAUGGAUCAAUCUCCGGCCUGGAGCGAGUGGUUGUGGCUGGGAACGUUUUGCUGCAAAGACUUGCGCACCACCCGGCUACUUGAUAACAUGUGGGAGGAAGAGAAGCUGGAGCAGGUGCAGCUGCUGCCGCACUUGCACUCGCCGCCGCUGGCGCAGCCGCAGCCACCGGCAGCAGCGGUCUUGCAUCCGCAAGGCGCGUUCUCAGCAGUGCACGUGCAGCCUACUCCGCAGCUGCAGGUAGCCCCGGCGGCGGGAGCAGCGGACUUGCAUCCGCAAGGGGAGUUCUCCGCAGUGCACGUGCAACCCUCCCCGCAGCUGCAGGUAGCGCCAGCGUCGGGAGCAGCAGCGGACUUGCAUCCGCAGGGAGAGUUCUCCGCAGUGCACGUGCAGCCUUCGCCGCAGCUGCAAGUGGCGGCGGCAGCGGUCUUGCAGCCGCAAGGGGAGUUCUCAACGGUGCAGUGUCCCUCUCGCCCCCUUGCACACCGCUUGCCCAGUGUCGCUCUUACUCCCUCGCCCAUCGCCGAUUCUCUUCCCCCCUCGCUGCAGGGCGAAGUUUCUCCGGAGGGAGACUUCAAUGUGGAGCUCACGACUUACACCGUGCCUGCCUGCAACCUGGACGCAACCUGCAAGGGCCAUCUUGUAGAGGGCGAAGUACCUCUGCAAGGCGAUUUCAGCGCGGAGCACAUGAUCUACGGCGUGGCUGACGUGGACGCAGCGCGCAGGGACCACCUGGUGGAGCUGCUGGACAUUGAUCUGACGUGGCGCAUGCACCGCGUGUCAGAUGGGCAGCGGAGGCGAGUGCAGAUCUGCAUGGGGCUGCUGCGGCCCUUCCAGGUGCUGCUUCUGGACGAGGUGACAGUAGACCUAGAUGUUGUCGCCAGGAUGGAUCUCCUCUCUUUCUUCCAAGAAGAAUGUGAAGAGAGAGGAGCUACUGUAGUGUAUGCAACACAUAUAUUUGACGGUCUGGAGUCUUGGGCAAGUCAUCUCGCUUUUGUCUCUUCGGGCAAGUUGCAGCGGCUGGAAUCAGUUGAUCAGUCGACACAACAAUCUGCUGAUAGCCACAAGCCAUCUGCAUUGCAACUACCAUCAUUGCUGGAGAUGGUGGAGCCUUGGCUGAGGGAGGACAAGGCAAAGAGGGAGAAAGAGGUGGAAGAGGCAAAGAAGAGGGGAGAUGUGCCUAAAAGAGUGGAUCCAUUCGCUGGUGCUGGUAGGCACAUGGCAUAUUAUCGGUAUGGACCUCUUCCCGGCAGGCACUGCAGCGUGCUGCUUGUUGUGCGCCCUGGCGACCUGCUUUUGCCCGACGAGGAGCAGAUCGGGACCUUCUACCGCCACCUCGACCCCAAGACCUCCUCCAAGCUGCACGAGGAGGAGGCCGCCAACGUUUUGAGGUCGGAGGUCGCCGGCACGGGGCUGCUGGCGGUCAACGCGUUCGCGUGGUCAUUGGAGCAUCUGGACGACGUGCAUCGCAGCUACGAUCCGCUCAUCAUCGAGAACCCGAAGCUGGUUGGUUUGAAGGCGCUCCGACUGGAGCUGGUGCACUACGUGGAGAAGGCCGCGUUGAACAUACGGGAGGCGGCGUCGACCGUGGGUCGUGGUGUCGGAACGGGCAUCGCUCUGGGUGGGGAGGCCGAGGAGGCUGCGGCAGGGUCACACUCUGGCGGGCACGGACCCACAGAUGGCGGCGAGGAGGAGCAUGAGAGGGAGGACAAGGAGGGGGGCGGGGAGGAGGACGGUGGCUCGGACGAGGAGGAGGAGGAUGAGGAGCGUGAGGAUGACGUCGUGGUCACCGGCGAAGAGGAGGCAGUACAGUUCGCUGGUGAGAAGGUUGCGGAUAAGAGCGGCGGCAGCGGACCCAAGUCGGGCAAGAAGGCGCGGGGCAGCGGUGGCUCGAUCCCGACUAGGAUGGCGUCGAAGGCGGCCGUUGAGCUUCUGAAGGCGGCGGAGAGGGAGAACAAGAAGCUGAGGGAGGAGAAGGUGGUGGCGGAAAAGAGGCUGGAGUACCAGACGGCCCGGAUGGACACGCUUUUCGGCGUGGUCACCUCAACCGUGAACAAGCUGACGACAGUCGCCGACAGCGUGACCUCUCACGAGCAGACGUUGGGGAGGAGCCUCCAAACGGGGGUGGACGCUAUGAGGGCGGUUGAGCAGGAGGCGGUGAACUAUCGCGGCUCCACCCUAGAAUUCAUGAACCAGAGGUGGCUGCCCACCGUGCAGGCCCUGUACUUGACGGCUACUGCUGCACAGGGUAGGCGACGGGAGGACGACGUCCUGCUGUUGCAAGGUGUGGCAGAUGCUCUUGGCGAGAAGAUCAGAACCGUCGUGUCUGCUGAGGUGAAGGCCGCCAUGGAGAGCGAGGCGCAGGGGAUCGCCGCUGCCGUGACUACGAAAGUCAUCAAAGAGCUUAGGGACGACCUGGUGAAGGUGGUCACCUCCGCGACCCAACAUGGCCUUGGCGUCCUACCCAGCGGCGCGGUCGAGGCUGCCACGUCGGUGAUCGUGUCGACGACGGCAGCAGCGCUGACCAAAUCGGGUACUGCCCAGGCGACCUCGUCGCUGCCGAACCCGCCUCCGCUUACCACGGGCUCUGCUGGUGCGGCCAGCUUACCCGUUCAUGGGGCCAUGGUCGGCCUUGAACCGAUCCCGAUCCCUAAGGCUGUUGAGAGUCAGGCGGUUGAGGCUCUAAUCGGUCGAAGGCCAUCGCUCGACGAGUAUAUGAAAUGGAUCGAGGAUCAUGGUCAGAAAACCCUGGAAAUUCCUCCGACUCACACCAACCAGGCGGUCGACCAAGGAGCAGAGGCACCGAACGUCACGGCGGCGACUGCAUGGCCGAGUGCCUCAACGGUGGAGGCGGCUGUGUGGAGAGUGGUGGAAGAGGCCGGUGGGGUGGACGAAGACAUCCUCGCCAGCAUCGUGAUGCCGAACCGGGAAAUUGAGGACCCUAGCGCGGCUGGCGCCAAAUCCUCCCCGGCCACAACCGGCGAGGUCAGCGACGGGAAGCAGAAGCGCAAGGGCAAGGGCGGCCCGGCGAAGGCCGGCUCUUCCAAGGGGACGUCCAAAGCGGCCACGCAGGGUCGGAAGGGUUCAGGCGUCCGCGUUGACAAGGAGAGCGGGCUGGCCACGUCAGAGAUGAAGUUUGGGAAGAAAAGCCGUUACAUCUACCGGUCGAUGGACAAGUCCGAGGCCGCCUACUGCAUCGCUGUCGCCAUUUCGUCGUUCGACGGCUUCGUCAGCGAGGUGAUUCGCGACGAGUUCGAUGGGGUCAAGGAGGAUGUGAUGGAGCAGUAUAAGGCGGACUGGAAUGUGGCGCGCUUGAUUCCGGGGGGCAUGUGGACGGUCAUGUGGAGCCGAGGCGCAAACGUCUUCCGCGACAGUCGGAACGGUUAUCCGAGAUCCACGACGGAAGUAGCGGCCGGCGAAGGGGGGGCGGCAGCGACCGUACGCGGUACGUCCCCCGAGUUUGCGAAGAGGUGUAAGAGCGUCAUCAAGGUGGUGCUUCAACGGGCGUCGACCCGGGAGGUCGUCGUAGGAGAGGUCGCCGACACGGUGACAAAGGACCUGCAAGGCGCUGUGCUGAGGUCACUUCCUGAGGACGGGGACGAGCGCAAACACGACGAUCUGAUCGCCCGUGUCAUGAUCGAGAACCUCGCCUUCUGGGGGGACUGCUGUGUCGGCGGCCCUAAAUUCAAAGCGCGCGGCGUCGUUUUGCCUCUUGACGCCGGGAUGAAGGUGAUCGUUCGGGACAGGGGGGCGAGGGGGCAGCACAAAGGGAAGCAGGCGGCCGACGCCUAG